AAGGGGCAGGCGGCGGCAAACUGGGCAGCACGCAAAGCAGGGCCGGGACGGUGCUAAGGCAGCCAACCCGACGCGAUCGAAGGCAUUGGGGGACCACAUCAAUCUGCGCGACCGGGCGACCGGGUACAGAGCUCGUGGCGCCUGGUAAUGGCGCGCGUGAAAGCGGGGAAGGCGAAAAACCCAUCAAGAACCCGAAAAAGGGGCCGGGCCGUCCGAAGCGGGAGCGUGCGAGGCAGGCGCUGUGUCAGUCUAGCACGUAGGCGCUUGGUGUUUUGGCAAGAAAGGCGGGCGGCGCAGCCAGGCAGCCAAAGAUCCGGCAGGGUGGGCGCGGCGCUGUUUUCGUUGUAAAACCAACUUGCUGGAGCUCGGCGCCGAAGGGGCUCCCGCGGGCGUUGCAGAGUUUGGAAGGGCUACCGCCCGGCGGUUGCGCGCCCUCUGCGGAGAAGAUGGCUAAAUCAGCCGGCGGAUGCGGAGGGUGCGUGGAGCAGGCCCGGAGGUUGCACCUCCGCCGAGUCGCUUGCGAAGGUCAGCCCGGGGGAGCUGGCGGAAGAAGCGGGGCGGAUUUUCAGAAGGGGCAGCGCGGUAAUUCUCCGGCACUGUGUUCGGCGCGCCGCGCAGCUGGAGGCCCGCCGGGCGUGGCCCGGUGGCGGGGCGAGGUGCUCAAGGUGCCGACGCUUGCCAUCCUUUGCCCCAAUGCGUGGCCCGGCGGGGCCUUGCUAGAAGGGCGCGCGCGCCCCGCCCCAUCUCGGGCCGGCGCCUCCGCCUCGAUGGGUCUACGGGGCGGCCGGCCGGCGGGCCUUCGGCUCGCCGCGGCGCCAAGUCAAAUACAGGCGCCGGGCCCGGUUGUGUUGCAGCAGGCGCGCCCUGGGCUUCCAGUCUGUCUGCAGUGCGGUGCGACGGUGUGGCGGCCCGUGUUUCGUUUUCGCAUGGCGUGGCGCCGUCAUGCUGCGUGCCUGGCACUGCUUUUGCUGACGGGCCUUCAUCGAGCUGGUGCUUCAAUUAUCGGAAUUCUGGCGCCACCCUACUUGUACUUGCUGGCCCGCCCGCCCUUUCUUUGCGUAUCUACUACUGCUGCUGAGAUGCAAAUUGCGGCCGAGCGCUGCCGUGUCUUGCUUCGGUUGUGACGGCUUGGUGAUUUGAGCAGCGCGAGACGUUGUUCGAAGGACAGUCGGACUAUGCUUUGGCAUGCAC